AUGAAACGAUCCAGGGGGUCAUCGAACGAGGAGGAGAACGACAGCAGUGAGGAGAGGAAGAAGAAGAAGAAGAAAAAGAAGAAAAAGAAGAAAGCGUACAGCGACAGCGAUGAAUCCGAUGGUAGCCGGAAAAAGCGGAAGAAAAAGGGCAAGAAAUCCAAGAGUAAAGACAAGAAGAAAAAGAAGGAAGAGGAGAAUUUUGCACAGAUAUAUGAACAAGAGCUUCGAGAUUAUCGCUCGGAAGAUUCCCAUGAAACUGAAGAUGAAUACAACAAGAAAAAAGUCUAUGAAGUCGUGACGGUGACAGGAGAUGUCCGAGGAGCAGGAACAGACGCCAAGAUCUUCGUUACUCUCUUUGGAGAAUUUGGCAUCACCCCAAAAGCCCACCUGACUAGCAAGAGCGAGAGUGCUUUUGAGAGGAGCAAAACAGAUGUUUUUCGAGUGAGAACCAACAAUGUCGGAAUAAUAAAGAAAAUAAGAAUUGAGCACGACAACACGAGUAUGAACCCCAGCUGGUUCCUGGAUCGUGUAAUAGUGACCGACAUGAAUAGGCCACACCUCCGUUUUUAUUUCCCGUGCAACAAUUGGCUCAGCAAGGAUGACGGCGAUGGGCUGAACGUGAGAGAUCUACUUGGCACCCUUAAUCCUAUGGACGUUCCUAAAGGAAAUAAAUAUAUUGUGAGAGUCUUCACAGGUGAUGUAAACGGCAGUGGAACAGAUGCCGAUGUAUUCAUUAACAUCUUUGGCCAGAAUGGAGACACAGGAGAGAGGAAGCUGGACAAUGACAACGACAAUUUCGAGAGGGCACAAGAAGACAAGUUCACCCUGGAUGCUCCUAAUAUGGGACGGCUCAGGAAGAUUAACAUUGGCCACAAUAACAAGGGAGGCUCUGCGGGCUGGUUCCUGGACAAGGUCCUCAUUGAAGACAUUGGCAACAAAGCCGUUUAUGAGUUCCCAUGCUGCCGUUGGUUUGCCCUGGACGAAGAUGAUGGCAAAAUUCAACGGGAUAUCCUGGUGGGAGGAGCGGAAGCUACCGGUAUGGUUUAUAAUGUUGCCGUUAUGACUGGGGACAUCAGAGGUGCCGGGACUAACUCCAAGAUCCACAUCGUCAUGCACGGCUCCAAAGGAUUAAAAAACAGUGGGAAGGUUUUCCUGGAGGGAGGCGAGUUUGAACGUGCCCGGACGGACCUCUUUAACAUCGAGAUUGCUGCUCUGCUCAGUCCCUUGAGCCGUGUCUCAAUUGGGCAUGAUAACUGUGGUGUCAGCUCUGGCUGGUAUUGUGAGAAGGUGGUGGUGUAUUGCCCGUUUACUGGCAUUGAGCAGACGUUCCCUUGCGGGAAGUGGCUGGAUGAAGACGAAGGCGAUGGGCUGGUGGAACGGGAACUCUACGAAAUGCUCUCAAUGCGCCAGAAGAGAUUGAAAAAAAACCCUUGGUCGCUGUGGAUUUGGACAAGUGACAUGAGAGGCGCAGGGACAGAUGCUCCCAUCUUCCUCCAGGUUUAUGGCGACAAAGGAAAGUCCGACGAAAUGAAGCUAGACAAUAAUUCUGAUAACUUUGAAGCUGGACAAACUGACAAGUUCAUGAUUGAGCUUCCAGAUCUGGGAACCUUUUACAAGAUCCGAAUAUGGCAUGAGAAGCGGACCCCGUUUUCCGGCUGGCAUCUGCAAAAGGUGACCCUCUUGAAAACGCUGACAAAAGACAAGUACACCUUCAAGUGCAAUCGCUGGCUGGAUAUCAAUGAAGACGACAAGGAGAUUGUGAGGGAGCUCCCCUCCGAAGGCCCACUCGUGACUGAAGUCAUGCCAGUGAUAAAGUACCGGGUGACUGUGCAGACCGGGUCAGUGAGUGGAAGCGGGACAGAUGCCAAAGUCUUCACUUGUCUCAUUGGGGAACAAGGAGACACCGGGGACCGGCUCCUCCACAACAGCGUGAACACUACCAAUAAAUUUGAGAAGGGCAGUAUUGACGAGUUCAUCAUUGAAGCGGUCAACCUGAAGCAGGUGAGAAGGGUGAGGAUAGGGCAUGACGGCAGAGGAGGAAGCAGUGGCUGGUACCUUGCCAAAGUGAUAGUGAGGCAAGAUGGACAGAAAGAGAAUGACGCUGUGGAAUUUCCCUGCUACAGAUGGCUUGACAAAAACGAGGACGACGGCCUGAUUAUUCGGGAGUUAGUGCCGGAGGGGAGAUCGUAUAUUCUGGAAAAUGUCAGUUAUCACAUCAGCAUAAAGACUGGAGAUGUCCCUGGGGCCAGCUCGGAUUCAAAAGUGUUGAUCAAGCUAUACGGAGAAAAAGGAGACACCAAAAAAGAGUUUCUUUUGGUUUCCGAUAACGACUUAGAAGAUUACUUUGAACGUGGCCGGAUUGAUAUCUUUACUCUGGAUACAAGGGAUAUUGGAAAGAUCAAACGGCUCCUGAUCGGGCAUGACAACGUCGGGCUACAGGCUGGCUGGCAUCUUGGCAGCGUUCAGGUUACCGUUCCUGUCCAUGGCUUGCAGUACAACUUCCCUUGCAACCGGUGGCUUGACAAAAAUGAAGCUGAUGGGAAGGUGGAGAUAGAAGUCUACCCGAGCGAGAUUGUGCCUAUUGAGAGAUUGAUAAAUUAUGAGGUGGGUGUAGCUACCGGCGAUGUGCGCAACGCUGGCACCAAUGCCAACGUCUUCAUGCAGAUGUACGGGGAGCUUGGGAAGACAGAGGUGCUGAUUCUGAAGAACAGAUCGAACAACUAUGAGAGAGGAGCAAAAGAAAUUUUCAAGAUAGAGGCAGCAGACGUUGGCAAAAUCUACAAGAUCAGGAUUGGCCAUGAUGGGAGUGGCAUCGGGGAUGGAUGGUACUUGGAAACGGAAGAGGAAGAGGAGCUGCCCACGAUGGAAGGCACCAUUGAGGACUAUCAAUUUGCAGCCCACCGUUGGCUGGCCAGCGAUGAAGAGGACAAGGAAAUAGUGGUGGAACUGAUGCCGGAGGAGGGUUCAGAAUUGAAGGCAAAGUCUUAUGAGGUCCAUGUCAUCACUGGGUCAGUGACGGGUGCUGGGACAGAUGCAAAUGUCUAUGUGGCCAUCUAUGGAGAAAGGGGUGACUCCGGCGAGCGUCAUCUGAAGCGUUCAGACCACAUGAACAAGUUUGAGAAGGAACAGGAGGAUAUAUUCACCGUCAAAGCUGUUGACCUGGGAGACCUAAAGAAGUUACGUAUCCGACAUGACAACUCUGGAAGCAAUCCAGCUUGGUUCCUGGAGAGGGUAGAGAUUAUUGACAGCAACGAGGAAACCACAUAUUAUUUCCCAUGUCAGAGGUGGUUGGCAGUGGAAGAGGAUGAUGGGCAGAUUGCUCGAGAACUGGUGCCGGUGGCUGAAGCAUUUGUGAAGAAGGAUCCAGACAGUUCCAGUUCUGCUGCAACACUGGGCCUGGAGCAGAAAGCUCAAUCCACUACGUUCACCGUGACAGUGAAAACGGGGGACAAGAAGCACGCAGGGACGGAUGCCAAUGUCUUCAUUGUGCUUUAUGGAACCAAAGAUGAUACAGGAACCAUCUACCUGAAGGCCUCCAAGAUGAACAAGAACAAAUUUGAACGAGGCAAAACCGACAUAUUCACGGUGGAAUGCGUGGACCUUGGAGACCUGAAGAAAAUAAAGAUCGGCCAUGACAACUCAGGUAAAGCUUCAGGUUGGUUUCUCGAGUGGGUAGAAGUGGACGGUCAUUGCCUGGGACAGUGCCUGGUUUUCCCGUGUGGCCGUUGGCUGGAUAAAUCAGAAGAUGAUGGUUCUAUUGAACGGGUCCUCUUUCCUGCAGAACUUCAGACAAGGAUGUAUGUCCCAUUCGUUCCCUAUGAGGUUACUGUUUACACGAGUGAUGUUUUUGGAGCUGGCACUGACGCAGACGUUUUUAUUGUCCUGUAUGGAGCUGACGGGGUUUGCACUCGACAGAAAUCCUUGUGCCUCAAUAAGAGGGAGCGAAGGAUGUACUUUGAGAGGAACUCUGUGAACCAGUUCAUCAUUGAGUUGGAGGACAUUGGAGACAUCACUGAAAAGAUUCGCAUUGGGCAUGAUGGUGCGGGGAUCAAUUCUGGGUGGCAUCUGAAUAAAGUGGAGGUGCGCAGGCUUCUACCAAAUGGAAAGGGUUCUGAAAAAACCACCUUUCCAUGUGACAGAUGGUUAGCAAAAUCUGAAGAGGACGGCGAGAUCAUGAGGGAACUGGUCCCAUCCCGAAUCUUUACCGAGAAACUCCUGAAAGAUGGGACACUGAAGCAGAUUGAUGAAGAAAUUGAAGAUGCUCUGGAAAACUGUACGUACAGUAUUACUGUUUACACUGGAGAUGUUUUUGGUGCUGGAACGGAUGCCAAUGUGUUCUUGACCAUAUAUGGAGACCUGGGGGAUACAGGGGAGAGAAAACUGAGCAAGUCCGAAACAAACAUGAACAAGUUUGAAAGAGGACAGGAAGACGACUUCACGAUACAGGCGGUGGACCUCGGUACAAUCUACAAAAUCUUGAUUCGCCACGACAACAGCAUGCCAAGGCCUGACUGGUAUCUGGACAAAAUAGAGAUCCUGAAUGAGGACACGGAAGACUUCUACCUGUUCAUGUGUGAGCGCUGGCUGUCCAAGAAGAAGGAGGACAACAAGAUUGAACGGAUCCUGUAUGAAAAAAAUUACGAUCGUAAUCAGAAAAGCAUCGGUGGCUCCUCUUUGAGCAAGGACAACAAUGCAAACGUGAAAGACCAGAAAGCUGAUGGCUCCGAUGAAACUCCUCCAGAAGGAACAUUAAUUCCUUACCAUGUUGUCAUCACCACCGGUAGUGAGCUGGGCUCGGACACCGACAGCAGAGUUUACAUCAUCAUAAUGGGCCCUGGGAAGCUUCGGACCCACCGCCUAUGGCUGGAUCUCCCAGACGGCCAGACUGAAUUUGCAGAUGCUUCAGUGGAGAAGUUCUCUGUUAUGGGGCUGGAUGUGGAAGAAGUCAAGAAAGUGGAGGUGGGCCAUGACGGGGCGACACCAGAAAGCUCCUGGCUGCUGGAUGAGAUCUCGAUCAUUGUGCCCACCAAAGGCGUCAUGUACACCUUUGUCUGUAAAUGCUGGCUGGCCAGGGAUAUGGGAGACGGACUUACUUCACGGGUCUACAACAUCCUGGAUGCCGAUUGUGUGUUCAUUGGUCUGAAGAUUCUCUACGAAGUGACCGUGGUGACGGGAGAUCUCCCAGGAGCCGGAACGGAUGCCAAUAUUUACAUCAUGCUCUUUGGAUGCAACGGGUGUACUGAAGAGAUGCAGCUGGAAAAAAAUGGAGAUAGAUUUGAAGUUGGCCAAACGGAUAUUUUCAUCAUGGAGAUUCCGGACAUUGCACCUCUGAGGAAGAUGAGGAUACGGACUGAUGGGGAAGGAUGUCGACCCGAUUGGUUUCUAGAACAGAUCGUCAUGAAAAACCUGACGACCCAAGAGGUAACCACGUUUACGUACAACGAAUGGCUGUCCACGGAACUGGGUGAGAACUGUACUUUGGAAUGGGAGAUGCCGGCGGUAAUUAACGAUGAGCAGAUGAUGCAGUUCACCACGUACACCGUUCAGGUGAAAACCACCGACACAAAAGGUGCUGGAACGGAUGCCAACGUGUACAUAAUUAUCUUUGGGGAGAGUGGAGACACAGGGACGGUGGCUCUAAAGGAGUCCAAUCGGUCCAACAAGUUUGAGAGAGACCAGAUGGAUGUUUUCUAUUUCUCAAAUAUCCUCAGUCUCGGAGACCUCUGCAAGGUGCGCGUCUGGCAUGACAAUAAAGGAUUCGGGCCUGGCUGGCACCUGGAAUACAUCGAGGUGGAAGAUUCCCUCAUGGACAAGUCAUUCCGUUUCCAGUGUGACCGCUGGCUGGCUAAGGACGAAGAUGAUGGGCAGAUCAUCCGAGAGCUGGCUUGUGCCAACAAUGACAUCCUGGAACUGAAGGAACGCACCACUUACGAGGUCUUGACGAUUACUUGCGAUUUGGAGGAUGCUGAAACAAAGGAGAACGUCUGGAUUAUUCUUGAGGGCAAGAAGGGACGUUCCAAAGAGUUCCUGCUGGAGAACUCAUCCAAAAAAAGGAGAUUUCUAAGAGGAGCAAAAGAUGAAUUCCAGUUUUCUUCAAAAAAUGUCAGCGAUAUUGCAGCCAUCUGUGUUGGUCACUGCCCCAAAGAUGGAAAGAAAUCAAAAUCGAGCACCAAGCCAGAGGUCUAUUGGCAUGUCAAAGAGAUUGUCGUUACAGAGACAGAACUUUGCAACCAGUAUUUCUUCAGGUGCAAUGCAAAAAUCCCACUCCGCAGCAAGAGGGGUGACUGCAAAGUCUUUGAGUGCGCCAAGGUGAUCGAGAGCUUUGCCAGCAAAGCGCGGAGUAUGGUGCCAGUCAAAUACGAAGUCAUUGUGGUAACAGGGUUUGAGAAGGGAGCCGGUACGGACGCCAAUGUCUUCAUCACCAUCUUUGGAGCAAACGGGGACUCGGGCAAGCGUUCUCUGAAGCAGAAGCACCGCAACCUCUUUGAGCGAGGGAAAGAUAACCGGUUCUACCUGGAAAUCCUCGAACUUGGGGAGCUGAAAAAAGUCCGGAUUGAGCAUGACAAUACUGGCAUAUCAUCUGGGUGGCUGGUGGAACGGGUUGAGAUCACAAACUCGGCUACCGGCGUGACCACAAACUUCCCCUGUGGGAAGUGGCUGGAUGAGAACAGAGGAGAUGGGUUAAUGUGGAGAGAGGUGUUCCCACGGAAUUAG